AUGGACAAGCAGCGUUUGGAAAAGUCUCACCGCCACACCACGGCUGACCGGGCGCCAUCAGCCCUGUCCCAGAACCCCAGGCCAGCCAAGCUCCAGGCCAGGACAAGUGGGAGCCCAGGAGGGGACCCCAAUACCCUGCUUCCCACCGGUGCCCUGGCCUCCCCCUGCUUCAGGAGAUCGCCUUCCUGCAGAAUCCCCUCCCACGUCUUCGAAUCCCAUACGAGGGCACCUCAGGACUCUGCCCACAGGGACAGACAGGUGCACCCCGCCACCAUCGUGCUCCGCAAGUCGCAGAGCAGCCAGGCCGCGCUGGUGCCCAAGGAGCACAAGAUGUUCAUGGAGGAAGCCUACAACGCAGCCAUCUGCUUCAAGAUGCUCCGGGACCUGAACAGUGCAGACUCCCUCCGCAUGAAGUACAUCAUCAAGAAGAUCAAGAACAUGGCUCAGGGGGCCCCCAACCUGGUGCUGGAAACCAUCCAUGACUACUUUGUAGACAACAUGGAGAUCUCCACCCGGCACAAGUUCCGGCUGUUCCAUGUCCUGGAGGCUGUCAUUGGAGCCAUUGACUCCCUGGAAGAGACCUGGGAGAAAACCUUCAUAGAGCUGGCCCUGGAGAACAUGACCAAGUCCACGGAUCUGGAAGAGGUGUACCAGGAUGCGGCCAGCAACGUGCUGGUGGCCAUCUGUAGGCACUCAUGGCGGGCGGUGGCCCAGCACCUGGAGACCGAGGUCUUGACGGGCGUCUUCCCCCACCGCAGCCUCCUCUACGUGAUGGGCAUCCUGACCUCUAACAAACAGAUCUUCAACAAUGGAGAGAAGGCGUGCUGGGAAGAGCAGCUGGCCCAGAUGGCCAUCAAGUCGGUCCAGUUCUUGAACACGGACGUGUGGUCCAAGGAGCUGCUGUGGGCACUCAGCCGGCCCGACCGGACGCAUCAGGAGCAGCCCCCGGAGAAGGCCUUCCUGUUCCUCUACUUUGGGCUGAUCCUUCAAGCCGAGGAGAACAGCAACACUGUCAGGAGGCACCUGCUAGCCCUGCUGGAAACAUCCCACCAGUGGCCCAAGCAGAGGGAGGGCAUCGCUCUCGCGGUGGGGCUGGCCGCAGCCCGCCACCUGGACCAGGUCUGGGCCAUCCUGGAGCAGUUUGGCCGGAGCACGCCCAUCAAGUGGAGCCUCCACAGCUGCUCUCCGAAGAAUUCAGAGGACUUGCGGUGGAAGUGGGCCAGCAGCACCAUCCUCCUCGCUUACGGCCAGGUGGCGGUCAGGGCCAAGGCCCACAUCCUGCCGUGGGUGGACAACAUCUUGUCACGCAUGAUCUACUUCUUCCACUACAGCUCCUGGGACGAGACCCUGAAGCAGAGCUUCCUCACGGCCGUCCUCAUGCUGGCGCGGGCCAUCAGCCGCAACGAGGGCGCCCACAGCUAUGAAUUCUCCCAGACCUCUGAGCUGCUCGAGAGUCUGAUGGUUCUGCUGGACAAGGAGCCCCCGGACUCUCUGUGCACACUGACCCGCCAGCAGACCAUCCACAUCAUCUCCAGCAUCUGCAAGCUGAGGCCGCCCCCAGACCCAGAGAGGAAAUCGCGGCUUCUGUCCACCUGCCUCCGGAGCGUGCUGGCCCUGCCGCUGCUGGACGUCCUGGAGAAACACACCUGCCUCUAUCUGGAGCCGCCCAACAUACAGGGAGACAUCGUGACUGGCUCACACAGGAAGCGCAACCUGGUGCCAGGCGCUGGGCUGGAGGCGCCUGUUUGUCCCCAUCAAGUGUCCACCUGCACCCUGGCAGGUGGGGCUGGCUUCACGCCCAGUUCUCAGGUGAUAAAGGCCCUCUACAACAAGACCUCAGAGGCACUGGACCAGAUGCUACAGAGCUUCAUCAUUCAGAACCCUACAGCUGACGAGCUGCACCUCCUGCUGUCGCACCUGUACGUCUGGCUGGCGUCGGAGAAGGCGCACGAGCGGCAGCGGGCUGUGCACAGUUGCAAGACCCUCCUGGAAUUCCUGAACCGAAACAUCUGCCUGGACCCAAAAGAGGACUUCAAACGGAUUGGGCAGCUGGUGGGCAUGCUGGGGAUUCUGUGCCAGGACCCGGACAAGGCCACUCAGGGCUCCAGCCUGGAGGGGGUGGGCCAUCUCUACCAGCUCCUGAUACGCCAGAGAGCAGGGAUGGCUUCACAGGUGGAAGCACAGACCCCCAAGCAGUCUUCCCAGCCCAGUGCCGAUGAAGCCCCUUUAUGGAGCAGCGGGGACCAGAAGACCACUCCCCCGACCCCCCAGGAGAUGGUGACCCCGAAGGACAGCAUCUCCCAGUUCAGCAGCUCCCAAGUCAUCAAGGAGGUCAUGAAGCAUCUCACCAUGGCAGAGCUGACUGACUUCCUCUGGACGGCCAUCGACGGCCUGGGCUCCGCUAGCCCCUUCCGCGUGCAGGCGGCUGCCGACAUGCUGCUCGCUGCCGUCCAGGAGCACGGGGCCACGCUGGAGACUGUUGCCACCCUGGGCCGGGCCAUCCACCUGCAGCUCUGCUCUGUCCGCAUUCCCCAAGCCAGGGAGAAUGUCCUGCUUGCCGUCACCCUGCUGGCCCGGAACCACACCCCCGAGCUGGUGGCCACCUUCCUGGACUUCUCCAUAUCCCUGGACAGCCACGCCUUCCAGCUCUGGAGGGCCCUGGGAGCCGAGAGGUCCGUGAGCCGCCUGGUGCUGGCCAUACUGCUGGCCUGGCUGCGGGAGCGGCCCCUGUCCGCCCAGGCCACCGACAGCAGCCCCCCGCCCAAGGAGGAGACCUGCCUGCGCUCGCUGGCCGCCAUGAACACGCUGCGCCAGCUGCAGGGCACCCGGGAGUUCAAGAAGGCUAUGCAGGAGGCCUACCCAAUGCUGCUCCUGGCCCUCCUUACCCAGAUGCACUACGUCCUGGAGCUGGACCUGCCCAGGGGGCCCUGGCCCGGCCAGGAGGCCCAGGAGGCGGCCGCGCCCAGCCCCCAGGGGUGCAGCGCGUCACUGGAGGCGCUCAAGAGCCUGCUGUCCACCACGGGGCACUGGCAGGACUUCGCUCACCUGGAGCUGCAGGGCGCCUGGGACCACUUCACUGCCAUCCACACCUACCCGCAGGGCGUGGGCCUCCUCGCCAGGGCCAUGGUGCAGAACCGCUGCGUGCAGAUCAAGGCAGUGGCCAGCCAGCUGCUGCCCAACCUGCUGAGCAAGGAGGAGCGCGAGAGGAAGGUGUCCAUGCUCAUCCUCGUUGAGUUCCUCUACAGCCCCGCCCUGCUGGAGGUGCUCCCCGAACAGACCGCCCUGGUCGUGCUGGCCCGAAGCCUCAGGGACUCCAGCCCCGAGAUCCGCGUGCUGAGCCUGGAGGGCAUGGGGAACAUCCUCUUCCACCCGGUGAAGGGAAUCCUGCUCCGCGGACAGCUGCCGCCCUUUCUCAACGGCUUCUUCCAGAACAGCGAGCCGAUGGUGGUGCGCAUCAUGGGCACCGUGUCGGACGUGCUGCACCGGCUGGGUGCCCACGGCGCGGGCGCGCAGAGCCUCGGCAUCGCCGUCAAAACCCGCUCCUUCUUCGACGACGAGCGGGACGGGAUCCGGGCAGCGGCCAUGGCGUUGUUCGGUGACCUGGUGGAAUCCAUGGCAGGCAGGGAACUGAGCAGCCUGCGAACCCAGGUGCACCAGAGCAUGGUGCCCCUGCUCCUGCACCUGCAGGACCGCUGCCCAGCCGUCGUCACGCAGGCCAGGUUUGCCUUCUACCGCUGUACCGUGCUGCUCCGUUGGCGGCUGCAACACACCACCUUCUGCACGCUGGCCUGGGAGAGGGGCCUCAGUGCCCGUCACUUCCUCUGGACCCGCCUGAUGACCCGCAGCCAGGAGGAGUUCAGCAUCCACUUGGCACAGGCGCUCAGCUACCUGCACAGCCGCCAACGCCACAUGAAGACUUGGGCCGUGCUCUUCAUAGGUUAUACCAUCUGCUGCCACCCCCGGGCCGUGUCCAGGAUGGUGAACAGCGUCGACAGAAACCUGCUGCUCUGUACUUUUGAAGAUCUCAAGAAGGCCCCGGAGCCUGGCCUCCGCGAAUUUGCUACCAGGCAGCUGUCAUUCAUUCAGGAGGUGGCAGCCAAACCACACUGA